UGCGCACGAAGCGCAGGUGACGUCAUCACGGCUGCAGCUACGCUUCGGUCACGGGGAGGAGCUGAACACUCGGUGGAGCUGAGGGAGGGUCACGAACUCUGACCCGCCGGGAACCGGGUGCAGCACAUAGCGGACUUUACGUCAUCUGACAAGAACCGUCUGGUUUGUUUUCCCGGACGCAGGCUAUACGUGACACAAAACUGGAUGUCCUAAGGAAGUUCUUUGUUUCCAAAGACUUUUCAGUGAAGACAGAGCAUGGCUUCUAUAGAAGAAAUAGCCCACCAAAUUAUUGAACAGCAAAUGGGAGAGCUUUCCCGCACUCAGACAGAAGUAACACAUACAGCAUUGGUGGACGGAAAUACCCAAAGGAUACAGCUUAUCCCGUCAGAGUCGAGUGUUUCCAUACCGCAUCGUAUACAGUUUGUCACAGAUCAGCAGACAGGUCAGAAAAUCCAAAUUGUUACAGCAGUUGAUCAAAGUGGGACAAGCAAAAGGUUCAUCUUGGCUAAUAAUGAUGCCUCAUCUCCAAGUAAAGUGAUCCUUGCAAGGCAAGACAACAGCCAAGGCAAGGUUUACUUAACAACUCCUGACGCUGCUGGUGUCAACCAGCUAUUCAUCUCAAGUCCUGAUGUUUCUACACAGCACAUACAGAUAUUGUCAGAUGCCCAGUGCAUAGACCAGAAUUUAAACAAACCAAUAGUGGAUCUGUGUGUGGUCUGUGGGGAUAAAGCAUCAGGGCGUCAUUAUGGGGCUGUAACAUGUGAAGGCUGCAAAGGUUUCUUUAAAAGAAGUAUUAGGAAAAAUUUGGUUUAUACAUGCAGAGGAUCAAAAGAUUGUGUAAUUAACAAACACUACCGUAAUAGAUGUCAGUACUGCCGGCUACAGAGAUGUAUUGCACUUGGAAUGAAGCAAGAUUCAGUGCAGUGUGAAAGAAAACCUAUAGAAGUUGCUCGAGAAAAAUCUUCAAAUUGCGCAGCAUCCACAGAAAAAAUCUACAUUAGGAAAGAUUUGCGAAGUCCACUUGCUGCAACAACAACAUUUGUAACUGAUAACAAACCCGUAAGGUCAAACAAUUUCUUGGAUUCUGGAAUGUUAGUGAAUAUACAGUCUUCUGGAAUUAAAACAGAGCCCAUGUUAAUAUCACAUGAAAAGCAGGUUGAAGCCUCUCAGGGAGAUUUAAGCACUUUAGCCAAUGUUGUUACAUCACUUGCAAAUUUUAGCAAGUCAAAAGAGAUGUCUCAAUCCAGCACAGAAUUAUCUAUUGUUGAAAGUUUAAGCAAUGGUGAUGCAUCCCUCUCUGAACUUACACAGGAUAAUCAGUCCAACAAUGAAGUCACCAGAGCCUUUGAUACACUGGCAAAAGCUCUUAACCCAUCUGAAAGCUCUUCCCAGGACUCAUCAGAAAACAUUGAAUCUAGCUCCAGCCUCUUCCAAGAUAUUGGAGUUGUUGAAAUGGAAGGCCCUCUUCUAAGUGAUACCCACAUAUCCUUCAAGCUGACUAUGCCUUCCCCAAUGCCUGAAUACUUAAACGUGCACUAUAUUUGUGAAUCAGCAUCACGGCUGUUAUUCUUGUCCAUGCACUGGGCCCGCUCCAUUCCCUCCUUCCAAGCUCUUGGGCAAGAGGUCAACAUCUCUCUAGUGAAAGCUUGCUGGAAUGAGCUGUUUUCUCUUGGUCUUGCUCAGUGCUCCCAAGUGAUGAAUGUGUCGACUAUACUAACAGCGUUUGUUAAUCACCUGCACGGCAUGCAGCAUGAUAAACUUUCUGGAGACAAAUUAAAGUUGGUGAUGGACCACAUCUUUAAACUUCAAGACUUCUGCAAUAGCAUGGUUAAACUUGGACUUGAUGGUUACGAGUAUGCCUACCUGAAAGCAAUUGUCUUAUUUAGUCCAGAUCACCCUGGAUUGGAAACCCCAUCUCAUAUUGAAAAGCUCCAAGAAAAAGCCUAUAUGGAAUUCCAAGAUUAUGUCACAAAAACAUACCCAGAUGAUACUUACAGGCUUUCUCGUCUCUUACUGCGAUUGCCAGCCCUGAGACUUAUGAGUGCAGCAGUUAUGGAGGAACUCUUCUUUGCAGGCCUAAUUGGAAAUGUUCAAAUUGAUAGUAUUAUUCCAUACAUUUUACGAAUGGAAAACACUGACUACAACAGCCAGAUUGUUGGAAUCACUGUAUAGCAUAUGUACAAACCAGGACUUGAAAAGAAUUUUGUUUAUUGAUUACUUUUUAGAAAGAAGAUGCACAAGAUAUUGAAGUAUGUGUAAAACAAUCCUUUAAAUAUCUUACGUAUCUUCUGUCUUUUUUUUUGUCAAUAGAUUAAUCGUGCCUUUUGGCACGGUGUAUAUAUUAAAUAUAUAUAUAUAUAUAUAUAUAGACAUGUUUUUAUUGUCGUGAAGGCCUGUGGCUACCUAGUCGGAUAUAAUGAAAGCAGCGCUUUUCCCCUCCCCUAGAAUAUCAUGUCAUGGUACACUGCAAUAUAAUUUCUUAAAAUGAAAUCAUGUUUUUAUUGCGUGCCUUGCCUGGGUGCUUACUGAGCUGUCCCAGCAGGUUUGUGAAAGACAUAAAUUUAUUUUAGACUGUUUGGAUAUUCUAAAUUAGAAGCUUUUUUAACUUAAUAUUGAAAAUCUUGUACAUAUUCUCUAAGAAGCACAGUACUAACUUAAAAGAAAAACUUUAAAUUCAAAAGAUUUUUCCUUGUUCCUGCAUGGAAUAAAAAUGCAUUUCCUUAUUUUAUUGUCUUUGUGACAUUAGUUGUAAAGCAGGUAAAGACUCGACAUGCAAUAUAUUUAAAUAUCAAAUUCAUUUAUUAAUAUUGGUAAGCAAACCUCUCAAAGCAGGAGGGUGGGGGUGCUCUCAGAGAGUGAUCUGGCUGGCAUAGCAGUGCUGCAAUGAUUGCCAUACUUCCCUCUACUUGCCUACAUCUCCCA